AUGAAGCUGCGAGUGCGGCUUCAGAAGCGGACCUGGCCCCUGGAGAUGCCGGAAGAGGAGCCGACGUUGGGGCAGCUGCGUGCGCACCUGAGCCAGGCCCUGCUGCCCACCUGGGGGUACAGUUCUGAUAUCCGGUUUGCAAUUACAUUGAACAACAAGGAUGCCCUCACUGGAGAUGAAGAGACCUUGGCUUCAUAUGGGAUUGUUUCUGGGGACUUGAUAUGUUUGGUUCUUGAAGAUGCCAUUCCAGCACCUAACUUGCCUUCAUCCACAGUUUCAGAGCAUUCCUCACUCCAGAAUAAAGACCAACCCUCUUUGGCCACCCCCUCCAGUCAGUCCAGCACACAGGAUGAACAAGGAGAGGCAGCCCAAUUCGAUGUCUGGAAUGAAGACAGUAUGCCAGGGCCUAGUCAAAAUGUUGAAGCUGAGUCAAUUGAAGAUAUUGUGGAUAUGGACACAGGUUUCUACCCCUCAGAACCAAUGCUCUGCAGUGAAUCAGAGGACGGGCAAGUGCCCCAUUCAUUAGAGACCCUGUAUCAGUCAGCUGACUGUUCUAGUCCCAGUGAUGCCUUGAUAGUAUGCAUUCAUCUUCUCAUGCUGGAGUCGGGUUACAUACCUCAGGGGACUGAAACCAAAGCUAUUUCCAUGCCAGAGAACUGGAAGUCGGGAGGCGUGUAUAAGCUGCAGUACAUGCAUCCUCUCUGCGAGGGCGGCUCUGCUGCUCUCACCUGUGUGCCUUUGGGAAACCUGGUCGUCAUAAAUGCUACACUAAAAAUCAACAGUGAGAUUAGAAGUGUGAAAAGAUUGCAGCUGCUGCCAGAAUCUUUUAUUUGCAAAGAGGAACUAGGAGAAAAUGUAGCCAACAUCUACAAAGAUCUUCAGAAACUCUCUCGCCUCUUCAAAGACCAGCUGGUGUAUCCUCUUCUGGCUUUUACCCGACAAGCACUGAACCUGCCAGAUGUAUUUGGACUGGUAGUCCUUCCAUUGGAGUUGAAACUACGGAUCUUCCGGCUUCUGGACGUUUGUUCUGUCCUAGCUUUGUCUGCAGUUUGUCGUGACCUCUUUAUUACAUCAAAUGACCAACUUUUGUGGAGGUGUUUAUAUCUGCGGGACUUUCGAGAUGGUACAGUUAGAGCUCCAGACACAGAUUGGAAAGAAUUGUACAAGAAGAAGCACAAAGAAAGAAAAGAAGCUCAGAAGGUUCGGCAUUUGAUGUUCCUGCCACCGUCGUCACCCCACCCCAACCCCUUCUAUCCCAACCCCUUCCACCCCGGGCCUUUCCCUCCCAGCUCACUCCUUCCUCCAGGGAUUAUCGGUGGUGAAUAUGAUGAAAGACUAACACUUCCCUAUGUUGGGAACCCAAUCAAUUCACUCAUCCCUGGGCCUGCGGCGGCCCCCGGCCCGUUCCCUCCACUCAGACCACGUUUUGAUCCAAUCGGCCCACUUCCAGGACCUAACCCCAUCCUGCCAGGGCGAGGUGGCCCCAAUGACAGGUUUCCCUUCAGACCCAGCAGGGGUCGGCCAACUGAUAGCCGGCUACCAUUCAUGUGA